AUGGGGUUUCGUGCUGCAGGAAGUGUCAUAGUGCUGUGCAUCCAGGACACACCGAGCCUUGACGAUGCAGCCUCUCCAGCGUGCCUGCCUGCUCCUCCUGCUUGCUCUGCUUGCCCUCUGCUUGCCCCUCGGCUGGGCGGAGGUCAUGACCACAAAGGGCAUGACCAGCCCCCACGGCCAACCAGCCAGCCUGGCCACCUCGUGCUGUGGCCCAGCCUUUAUCUCCCUCAUGCUGGGGCUGGCUGCAGCUUUCCUCCUCCGGAUGUGCUGAGCCUCGGGGCUGACGGCACCCAAGCGCCCUGGCCUCCCGGUCCGCCCUGCAGAGAGACCUCCAGGACGGUGGCCCUGGGCCCUCCUUGGACACUCGCAACGAAGACCGGCCAGCAUGAUGCCAUCGCUCCCACCUGCAAGUCCCUCUCCCCAGCCAGCCGGCUGCUCCGUGCUCACUCCCCUGGCCCCACAUGGGCCCCUCAGGCUGUCGCGCUGCACUCCAGCUCCCCUCGCCCCAGAGUAUCGGCACCAGAUGAGGGCAGCCGCCCCGGUGGGAUGGACCGACGCCGCAGCGACGCUUUGCAACAUGAUGGCGAAGCUGCCCUGGCUCCGUGCGCCCCAGCUGGGAGCAGGCAACCCACCCUGGUUCGGGAGCAGGCGUGCUGCUGAGGCUUUGAGAAAUAAAACAUUGCUAUAGUGGCUGUG